AUGGAUGGACCUGCCAUUACCAGGAAUCGCAUUGCCUACGCUGCACACAUUGAGGUUCCUCAAAAGCGAUUUCUGAGGUGCCUGGUGAUUGCCAUGGAGGAGAUCGUUGCGAGUCAUUGCGAUGCGCUGCUCCUCGCUCUCACAGUUUUUCGCUGGCACCCCAGGAGUCGUCUCACCUCUCAGUUGUUCCUCCUCUUAUCGUUCUCUCGAUGCCUCCUCCCAUGGCAUGGCAGGGCCCUGGUGACUGCCAUGGAGGAUGGGUUCCUGCGAGGCAUUGCCGUGCGCUCCUCCUCACUCUUACACCUCAGAAGUCAUCCCACUUCUCAUCUUCCUGCCUUUCUCGUUCUCCCAUGGCACGGCAGCGCCCUGGUGAUGGCCAUGGAGGAUGGGUCCCUGCGAAUUUGUCAGGCUGGUGCGUUCAGUGGUGCAGAUGGGUCCAUUCGAUGCGUUCAGCUGAGCAAUAACUUCCUAAUCAAUCGCCACAGCCGGAGCAAGCAAGCCGUCAUUACAGUGGGGGGAUUCAAUCAAAUCCUGCCACCGCCCACACAAUCUAGUGCGGAAGCUGCUACAGCUGACACCUCAGCAGAUGAGUCGUUUGAGCAUCGGUUUGUCUUUUUCCGAGGUGGGUCCAGUGAAGAAAUAGAUGGGGAGGCAGGACAGAAGGGGAAAGGGAAAUUGAAGAAGGGACAGAAGGAUGGAGGGGAGGAGUUGGAGGUGGAUAUACAGGGCUCGGUAGCCGGUUCGGAGUUACGUUCGGCAACAGGCUCGGCAUCGAGCCCGUUGAUGGUGGAAUGCUUCGAGGUGGAGCGGUGCGAGGGAUUGGAGGGACACGUGUCGAUCAGUGGUGCUAAGAACUCCGCUCUCGCCGUUCUUGCUGGGGCUAUCUGCUCCUCCGAGCCUCUCGUUUUGCGUCGGGUGCCGGACCUACAUGACAUCAGGCGGAUGUUCCAGGUUCUCCAAUCGGUCGGCGUGAAAAUACAGCGAGGCGUGGACGGCCAGGAUUCAUCCGUGCUGGUCGACGCGUCCUGUCUGUCGUCCGUGGAGCCGUGCCCCGACGUGGUGCGGAAGCUUCGCGCCAGCUUCUUCGUGAUCGGCGCGCUUGUGGGGAGACAGGGGGAGGCGGUGGUGCCGCUGCCCGGCGGCUGCAACAUCGGCGCGCGCCCCAUCGACCUCCACGUGCGCGGCCUCGAGGCGCUGGGCGCAAAGGUCGAUAUCAGGCAGGGGCGCGUGCACGUGCAGACGGCGGACGGCGGGCGGCUCAAGGGCGGGAGCUUCUACCUGGACUUCCCCUCGGUGGGCGCCACCGAGACGCUCAUGAUGGCCGCGUCGCUCGCGGACGGCGAAACCACUCUCUCUAACGUCGCCCAGGAGCCCGAGGUGGUGGAUCUGGCAGAUUUCCUCAUCUCGUGUGGCGCGCAGAUCAGGGGGGCGGGCACCAACACGAUCGUCAUUAAGGGCGUGCCCAGGCUGGGGCCCGCCGAGUUCACCAUCAUACCUGACCGCAUUGAGGCGGGAACCUUCCUGGCAGCUGCGGCCAUCACGCGAUCGGUGGUGUCGCUGUCGCCGGUGAUCCCGCGGCAUCUGAUGGCUGUGAUCAGCAAGCUCAGAGCCAUGGGGUGCCGCGUGCAGCAGACCAAGAUCGGCACUCUCAAGAUCUCGCCGGGCAUCUGGCCUUUGAGAGCAGCGGACGUGACGACGCUGCCGUACCCGGGCUUCCCAACGGACAUGCAGCCGCAGCUCAUGGCCGCGCUCACCACUGCCAGCGGGCAGAGCGUCAUCCGGGAGACAGUGUUUGAGUCACGGAUGAGACAUGUGGAGGAGCUGCAGAAGAUGGGAGCCAAGAUCAAGAUCACAGGCAACACCGCCAUCAUCAGCGGCAGGGAUCAGGGCAGCCAGCUGUACGGCGCCCCCGUGGCAGCCACUGACUUGCGGGCAGGAGCAGCGCUGGUGCUGGCAGGGAUGGCAGCGGAGGGCCGCACGCACAUAGAGGGCGUGGCGCAUAUUGACAGGGGGUAUGAGCGCCUGGAUACCAAGCUCAGAGGGCUGGGGGCUAGGAUUCAGCGCCUGCCAUGCCUCCCUGCUGAACUCACGUUGUGA